GCCGGCGGUAACAUGCGCGAGAAAGAAAAACUCUCAUCACCGAAGCAGCUCAUAUCUACUACUACAAACGAAUCUUGGAAAAGAAACAACUUGGACUCCUCAUCAGACAAAUUGGCGAAAAAAGCCAAGCUCACUGCAGCCGACAAAUCUGCAGCACGCGAUUUGUGCAACGUUAAGUCUCAUGCUAAUCUCGAGAAAGAGUUAAAAGGCCAAAAGCUGCACCUUCUGGAGAAAGAUGGCGAGAUUAAACGGCUGACGCUUUUGUUAGAAGAGGCGACGUCAUUAAAUAAUAAUUUACAACAUAAAGUAAUUUCUUAUUUCGACGAAUUCAAAGCCACAGCUGAUAAAUUGGACGAGUUAAAAAGUCGCGAGGGAGCCAAUACACUGCCUGUGGGCUACAUUCGUAAAAGCAACGGAACUAUCCACUUAGGGAGAGAUAUUUGGUUAUCAACAGAGGUGUACAACUCUGCGGUUGCAAAGCCGCGAUCGCUACAAAUCGUAGUGAAGAAUCUGGCCCUUGCUGUCUAUGGACUGGAGACACUGAUGGAGUUAAGUGUUUCAGGACAUGUCAGCAACAAAUACAGGAAUAGGGCACCAAAGAAAAAAUUAGACGACCGACGCAUGCUGGCAAUUCAAGACAUAUACCGAUAUUGGCUGGUAAACGAAAAGAAACUACCCGCAAUUGAGGUAGAUAUUGAGUGUCGCAACGUACCACAUUACAUCAGUAAAAAAAUCAGUGAUCUUAAUAGGGACACUGAUAAGACGAAGGGAAUCGUUGCUAUCCGGAAAACUUUAAGAAAAGAAGCAAUCGAUGUCAAUGUGCAGGCCGUAACCGAUGAGGCAGAAAUUGAACUGCGCAAAGUCGGUGUAAACGAGGCCGAGGAGGAAGAUGUCGAGGUGGACGAAGUCAAGGAGGAAGAUGUCGAGGAGGAAGACGUCGAGAAGGAAGAUGUCGAGAAGGAAGAUGUCGAGGAGGAAGAUGUCGAGGAAGAAGAUGCUGUAAACGGUAAUAUGGAACUAAUAAUCUGA